AUGUCUUCCCAUCUCAUACCUCUCCUGUGUCUAGGAUUCUGCUUGGGCCACAGGACCUUCACACACGUGGUGAAACUAUCCAAAAGAGUUAGGAGCCACAUCUCUGAGAUGCACAGUGUCUCUCCUCACAACACCUUCGACUUCAAGCCUGUGACCAGAGCACAUGCAGGGACCUACAGAUGUUCCGGAUCUUUCACCCAGAAUCGCUCUGUGUGGUCAGCUCUCAGUGACCCCCUGGAGAUCGUGGUCACAGGUGUGUUUAGAAAACCCUCCAUCUCAGCACACCCAAGCUCCCUAGUGCAUGCGGGAGGCAGUGUGACCCUGCGCUGCCACUCAGAACUGCAGUUCGAUAAAUUUAUCCUGCACAAGAAGGGGACCACACAGCAUUCCCAGCUGCGUGCCGAGAGCAUCCGUGUUGGGCUCCCCUCCAUCCAGGCUGACUUCUCCGUGGGGAAUAUGACGCCCACCCAUGCAGGGACCUACACAUGCUACGGUUCUCUCAGUCACUCCCCCUGUGAGUGGUCAGCUCCCAGUGACCCCCUGGAUGUUGUGAUCACAGGACAGUAUGAAAAACCUUCUCUCUCCACCCAGGUGGGCCCCAUGGUGGGCUUAGGAAAGAUUGUGAACUUGCCCUGCAGCUCCAAGAGUCAGUUUGACACAUACCAUCUGUCCAGAGAGGGGGAGGACCAUGACCAAUGGCUCAGUGGACAGCAGAGCCACAGUGGAACAUUCCAGGUCCACGUUCCUCUGGGCCCUGCAACCCCUUCCCAUGGAGGGACCUAUAGAUGCUACGGCUACUUCCAUUACUCCCCCCAUAAGUGGUCAUCCCCGAGUGACCCCCUGCACCUUUCUGUCACAGGAACCCCUAAGAGUAGUUGCCCAUCACCCACAGAAUCAACCUCUGAAUCUGAAGCAGAUCUGCCUCAAGGACAGUCCCCCAAACCGGACAUUCUCAUUGGACUCUCAGGAGUCAUUAUCUCCAUUGGCAUUUUGCUCUCUGUUCUUAUUGGUUACUGGUGUUCUAUCAAAAAUUACCCUGCCAUCAUGGACACAGAGCCCACAGAAGUCCAAAUUAUGGAGAGAAAGGACUCUGCAGCAAAAGAAACCCAGGAGAUAGUAUAUGCUCAGUUAAACCAGCAGAUGCUCUCACAGAGAGGAUUCAGUCUCACUUCCCGUUGUUCCACGUACCUCUCAGAUGAGCCCAGUACAUACCUGGAACUCCAUAUUCACCAUGUGGACCAUGCUGACCUGACCCCGGUCUCUGAACAGGCAGAGCAUUGCCAAGCAAGGACCUGGUUCCAGCCCUAG